AUGCUGCGCCGCUACUCGGCUAGCCAGCCAAGCUCUGGCUACUCGACGAUUGGGCUUAGCUCCAGCUCUAUUGGAUAUACCAACCCGAUAGUGACAAUCUCAAUUGCCUAUGGUGCCUCCGAUGAUGAUGACUACGAUACUGACGAUGAGUCGCCAUACAGGCCCAAGAAGCGCCGCCAUCAUCACCACAAGAGUAAGGAGGAGAGCAGCACCCCUGCGUAUUCAGGAUCAGUAGCUCCUGCAUAUGCUUCGGUGCCUCCUGCUCCUGCAUAUGCUUCAGUGCCUCCUGCUCCGGCACCCGCACCUCCAGCACCGGCUCCUGCAUGCUCUAAGCCUGUACCCGUCUAUGGCAAACCUGCACGCGUAUUCUCGAAGCCGGCUGCCGCUAUCCCUAGGCCAGCUCACAUACCCCCAAAGCCCAUGCCUGUGUUUGGUAAGCCCGCUCGUGGAUACCCGAAGCCAUACCCUGCACCCUCUUACCCGAGGCCUGCACCUGCCGCUCCAAACCCCGCCCCGGCGCCUGCCUAUAAAGCACCCGCAUACUCAGCUGCCCCGAAGCCCGCACAGCCUCAGGUAACGCACAUGUCUACUGUGACGACACGGACCGUUAUCAACUACGCCACAGUCAUUGUUGCGUCGGCGGAGCCCCAGACCACCACCAUCAACAACUUUGUCACACCAACCCCUGCCGGCUGCUCGUCACAACCAGGACCCUCAUCAUACCCAUCAAUAGGGUACCCGGGAUCACCUAGCGGACACUAAGUGUAUAUUUCCAUAUGCGCUGUCUAACACUCCUCCCUUCUCUUUUUUCUCCCAUCCCUUCCGCCUCUAUCUCGCUACCUCAUUUAUGCCUUUAAAAUCCUAUCCUAUAAACAGACACAUUUUUGUUGGCUGUUGUUUUAACUUGUUCCCACCCUAGUCUUGUAGCCAAAAAUAUACCCUUGC